CAUUACAAGACUGUGAUGUUCAGUGAUGUUUGAUGAUGUUAAAAUUAUUAUUUGAAAUAUUAUUUUAGAAUGUCAGCUAAAACGGCACACAUAUCUGAUACACUUAGGAUUCUCCAUUUGCCACAAGAAUUGUCUGAUGAUCGGCGAAAUGAAUUGUUUAAAAAAUAUGGUGCCAUAAAAACACGAACACUAAGACCUUCCAAGAAGUAUACUGUAACAUUUGCAAAGUUUCCAUCUCAACAAGCAGCUACAGAGGCAUUAUUACGUUUACACCAAUUAAAUGUAACAGGACAAUAUUUGACAGUAGAAUAUGCAAAAAAAUCUAUAACAGCAGAAAACACAGAAAAUGAAAUUCCAAAAGAUGAAAUUACAAAAGAAGAAAACAAGAAGGAUUCAAAGAAUAAAUCUAAUUUUCAAGUUUUUUUACAAAAAUUAAAUAGUUGGACUAUGAAUCAUGUUUUGACACAACCACCUCCACCAAACAUAUAUUAUAAAUAUUCAGCACCAACAAAGAGUAUAUUAAUAAGAAUAGCUAUACAAUUAUUUAAAGAACCAGCUUUUUACACACAGGUUUUACACUUAAUGAACAAAAUGAAUUUGCCACCCCCUUUCGAAGAACUAGAAACAGAAUUUCCAAUGCUUAAGGAAGUUUAUAACAUGCAAAAAUAUACAGAUAUAUUUGGCAAUGACAGCUUAUUUAAUAAGAAAACUGAAGCUAGUUCUGAUAAAGAUGUGGAAGAAGAGGAAUCUGAAAUAGAGUCAAACGAGGAAGAUAAUGCAAUGCAGUCUGCAGAAAUUAUUCCUGUAAAAAGAAAACGUCUGCAAUCUACAAAGCGUUUAAAGAUUCCAAAAUUUGUUAACCCUGCUAAACAAAUUGCACCUACAAGUUCUACACAAAAGAUUGUAAAACCAGAAGAUAUGUUUGAACAAGUGCAACGAACAGAAACAAAAAAUCUUAAAAUUGAAUUAAAAACAAUAGAUUCAUUACUGGAUACUUCAAAUAAGGAAGAUAAUGCUGUUAUGAAAAGUGACACAGAUGGUGGUUUCGGCUUAAUGUUUCCACUUCCUAAAGAUUCUGAAAUUAUUGAAAAGGAAAACACUGAAGAUAUUCAACAAAAUGUGAUUACAUCCAAAGAACUAACAGAUAAUAAAAUUUCAGCGAAUGAUCAAAGACUACUUCCAGUUUUUAAAAAUUAUCAUCCUGGAAAGCCAUCAAACCGUUUGUACAUAAAAAAUCUUGCGAAGCAAGUUGAAAAAAAGGAUCUACAUUUUAUUUAUCGAAAAUUUGUGGUACCUGAUUUAAAAACAGAGUUUGAAUACCAUAUUCGACUUAUGCAAGAAGGCAGAAUGAAGGGUCAAGCAUUUAUUACAUUACAAAAUAUAGAUCAAGCACAAUUAGCUCUGGAUCAAACAAAUGGUUACAUUUUAAAAGACAAACCGAUGGUUGUGCAAUUUGCUAAAGCAGUAAAAAGUUAG